AUGAAGAGGCUGGUGUCCCGGCAGACGCCUGAAGGGGAGUUCCUGCCUCUGGACCAGUGUGAGCUGGACGUGGGCUUUGGGACAGGUGCAGACCAGCUCUUCCUCGUGUCGCCUCUCACCAUCUGCCACGAAAUCAACACCAAAAGCCCGUUCUUCGACCUGUCGCAGCGCUCACUGAUGAACGAGCAGUUUGAGAUCGUGGUCAUCCUCGAAGGCAUCGUGGAAACUACUGGUAUGACAUGCCAGGCACGGACCUCGUACACGGAAGACGAGGUUCUGUGGGGCCACCGUUUCCUACCCGUGAUGUCUCUGGAGGAGGGCUUCUUCCGCGUGGACUACUCCCAGUUCCACAACACCUUCGAGGUCCCCACCCCGCCCUACAGCGUCAAGAAGUUUGAAGAGAAGAACGGCCUCCCCUCCCCUCUGCACACCCCCACCCCUGCCCUCACCAGCGACAGCCACGGGGCCAGGCGGGACCGGGUGUUUUCCGUGGACUGCAUAAACGCUAUAGACGAGAGGAAUCGCCAGGGAGGUGGAGGGGGAGGGGCAGGUGCCGGCGGGAGACUUCCGAGCAAACUCCAGCGCAUCAGCUCGUCGGGGAAGGAGGACUUGCAAAGGAAAGUGCUGCUUUUGAGCUCGCAACAUUCGGAGAAGGCGUGCAGCACCGGAGACUUGCCCCUGAAGCUGCAGCGCCUGAGCUCGUCCACGGUGAACGAGGCGGAGAACAGGCUGCAGCUCAAGUCGCUGAAAGUGGGAUUCGAGCCCAUGACGCAGUCCACGGGAGAUCUGUACGAGCAGAGCCUGAAACCCGCGCUCUGCCCGUCUCCGGUGCCGAUGCACAGUCCGCACUUGUCGGGAGGGAGGCCUGAGGAUAACCUGCCGCCAAAACUGCGCAAAAUGGCUGCCGAUCGCUGA